UUCAAUAAACGAACUACCCCGGAUGAUUCGCCAAAGACAUAUAAAAAUAGCUAUUUAUAUUGUGUGUGAUAAAAACAGAUAACACAUACCAUUUAAACUGUGACUUCUUCGUCUUUACAAAAAUUGGUGGGAAAAUUUCUAACCAAACAAUCGGUUCGUGUUUGUUCAUAGUUAUUGAAACGUUAUUUUAACAAAAAUGGCAGAGAAAUUAGAGGACUUAAACCUACCUAAUAGUUCAGUGCAAAAGAUUAUCAAAGAAGCAAUUCCUGACAAUGUAAAUGUGGGAAAGGAUGCAAGAUCUGCCCUUUCAAGGGCCGCUUCAGUUUUUAUUUUAUACGUGACCUCACAAGCCUCCAAAGAGGCUCAAAAAGUUAAUCGAAAAUCAUUACUUGGACAAGAUGUAAUUACCGCACUUGAAGAGUUAGAAUUUGAGGAUUUUGUUGAACCUCUUCAGGAAUUACUCAAAGAAUUUAAAGAUACCAAGAAAAAGCCUGCUAAAGCCAAGAAACCUGAGGAAGAGACUGAGGAAAAUGAUGAUGAAGGAGUAGAUGAGGCAAUGGAUGAGGAUGCAGAAUAAUACUUAAUGUUUGUUGGUUAUUUCGCAAAACAAGGAACAACCAGUUAUUCUGUGGUCAUGUUACAAACUGAUGUAUAUAUUUAUAAUCAAGUCUGAUGCUUAGGUUAAGUAUUAAUGUCUAGUUCAAUUUUCCUUAUUUUCCAUUGUUGAUAAUAAUAAAUAAUAAAACACCCAAAUAA